GCUGUUCUGUUAUGAGAGCACUGCAGGACUGUCACUGCAACGGACGGAAGGGCGCAACACAGUGGCAGUGUCUACACGCAACUCCGUACUUACUUAUUUCUAUGCGCACUUGCGACAACUGGGACUGUUUGCGAGAAUCGGGAAGCAACUUGACAAAAUCAGCAACAAGUUUAAAAAAAAUCAUUUGUUGAGCCUAGCAUUCAUUGAUUCAGUCAAUUUCUGCAUUCUUUUGCUGUCUUGGAGUAGAGUAAUUUAUUUUUAAAAAAUAAGGAAAUCAGUCUAGUAGACCUCUAUUCUAUUCAGACCGUUUGUUUCAUAAACAACACGAACAAUAUUAGUUUACUUAUUUAUCACAACUUUGGCUGCAAUAACUAAUUUAAACCACAGUAAAGCACAACGGUGUGCGCUUUCUAUACAAUAUUAUCUCGGUUCUCUCAUUAUCUUGCUCAUUGCCAUCGCGUUCAAGAUGAUGAACACUAUGGUCAUUUUUGCGGAAUUUUUCGUGGUCAUCUUGAAAGUGCUCUGGGCUUUUGUUACCGCCGGGGCGAAAUGGGUGGUGCGGCCGAAGGAGAAGAGUGUAGCGGGACAGGUGUGUGUGAUCACCGGGGCUGGAAGCGGUCUGGGUCGGCUGUUCGCCAAGGAGUUCGCUAGAAGACGGGCUGUACUGGUGCUAUGGGACAUCAACAGCAAAAGCAACGAGGAGACCGCGGAGUUGGUGAGGGAAAUCUACCGGGAGCUGGACAGUGAAUCUCCGAUGGCCAAAGAAGGAGCAAUAGGAGGGCUAGAGGAGGUGCUUCCGUUCAAGCCUCAGGUGUACACGUACGUUUGUGACGUGGGCAAGCGGGAGAGUGUGUACUCCACGGCGGAGAAGGUGCGUCGGGAGGUGGGCAACGUGGACAUGUUGAUAAACAACGCUGGCGUGGUCUCUGGUCACCAUCUCCUGGAGUGUCCUGACGAGCUGAUCGAACGCACCAUGGUGGUCAACUGCCACGCACACUUCUGGACCACCAAGGCAUUCCUUCCCAAGAUGUUGGAGCUGAACCACGGCCACAUUGUGACGGUUGCCAGCUCUCUGGGGCUAUUCAGCACAGCUGGUGUGGAGGAUUACUGCGCCAGUAAGUUCGGGGCCAUCGGCUUCCACGAGUCGCUGAGCCACGAGAUCAAGGCUUCGGAUAAGGACGGCAUUAAGAUGACCCUGGUGUGUCCCUACCUGGUGGACACGGGCAUGUUCAAAGGCUGCAGGAUAAGGAAAGAAAUCGAGCCAUUCCUGCCUCCCCUGAAGCCAGAGUUCUGUGUAACACAGUCUAUGAGGGCCAUUCUCACCGAUCAGGCUAUGAUCUGCACCCCACGCAUAGUGUAUAUGGUUAACUUCAUGAAAAGCUUCCUGCCCUUCGAGGCCAUCGUUUGUAUGUACAGGUUCCUCGGUGCUGAUAAGUGUAUGUACCCCUUCCUUGCCCAGAGGAAGGAGCUGAUGAACAACAACGAGGCUAAGGGGGACGUCUAGGGGGCGCUGUUGCCGCAUGGUGGGGUGGGGCCCAUAACCCUAGAGGCACAAGGAUAAGACCACUGAGGGUGCAUGGAGGAGGAGGAGGAGGAGGAGGAUUUAAAAAGACUGAAUCUAGACUGGUGAACUUGCAUUGAGCAGAUACAAAGGUCCUCUGAAACGAUACCAGCUGUGUACUAAACAAAGGAUUUUAUUUCUCUUAGUUUUUUUUUUUCAUAUUGUCUUUUUAUUUUUUUAAUGUUUUUCUUCUUCUAAGGUUUGUUUAAAGAAACCAACCAUCUAUAUACUGUGUCAAUAGUUGUUUUUUUUUUUGUUUUUUUUUUAAAUCAUAUGAAAAAAAGGUAUUAACUAUUUACGUAAUGUAGUCACCAACUCUCUAUUUAGUAUCUUUGUGGAAAUAUACAGUAUGUUACUGUACAGUCAAAUCUUAUCACUUUCACUUUCUCUUUUAUUUGUAGACAUGCACUGUAAUAUUAAUUAAUAAUUCUCUACACGGCCAAGUCUCUGUUAGAAACGGUUCAAAAUAGGCAUUUUAUCACCAGGACCGACAUGCAAAAUAAAUUUAAACACGUACGUGUUAUUCAAUCAUUGCCGCAACACAGCUCACGUUUCUCGGCGAGCGUCUGGGUAGCCAGGUGCUGAAAUUAGAACUGCAAGUCCCGCCUCUCCCAUCUCCUCAUUGGUUGUUAGGAGCAUAUACCCACAUGGGUGAUUGAAAGAUGAACUGAGGUGCACACACUCCAGUCCAGUUGGUGGUGGUAAUGCACCUUAAAGUUGGUUGCCAUCCGCCCAUGUAAACUCCACAGAAGAAGAAGCCUGAAGGAGGAGAGAUUACUAGAAACAAACCCUUUUAUCUGUGGAUUCAUUGUAGGAGUAGAAGGACCUUGUUGCAUUUCAGGUAAAACAACAACCCAAUGUUUAUAUCCCUGGACAAAUUAGCUAGCAACAGAAAGCGAGCUAGCUAAAUUGACAUAAAUGUUUAAUGAUUUUGACCUGUCCACAAAUUAAUAUAGUUGGUUCAGAGUUUGUUUUGAUAUUUUCACUGGUCAGGUGUGGGUGGACAAAGUCAGCAUGCACGCAAGCAGUCUGGUCAACAUGUUAGGGUUGCAUAUUUCUGGUAAUUUUCAGAAAAUUCUGGUUAAAAGAUUCCCAGAAUCAAGAUGGGGGGGGGGGGGGGGGGGGGGGGAGACAGGAAAUCCUGUCCCCUCCAACCAGAAUUUCUGGACAACCUGGGGAUUUUGGGGAAACACUACCCAGCAACCCCUGCGGCUCAGUCUAACCAAUCAUGCCAUGAUGCUCCAAAUGGUUAUUCAAUCAUGCUGUAGCGAUCAGAGCUUGCGUUUAUGUAUUUUAAUUCCUUCUGAUCAUAUGAAGAUCUUCCGAUUUAUUCCAUCUAUUUCAAACAGUUCAUAUUAGUUGUACCUACCGGCCAUUGAUUUGGGUAAAUCUAUCAGCCAAAUGUCUCGUUAAUUUAAUGUGACUUGGCUUUCAGCAGUCGACUUACGAUCUUUAUCACACUUCUGACUUAUUGAUGGCCGUAUCAAUCACCACAUCGUAAGGCGUACAACGCCGUUCAAAAGGGUUAACUUAGAAAGGUCCUUGUUUUCCAUAAAAACAUACAUGAAAUGAGUUGCAAAAAAAUUAAAUAGGAAAAAUAGUCAAAAUGUUAACAAGGUUAUAAAUAAUGUAUUUUUUCCUUGAAAUAAUAAUUGUGUCCUCUUUGACAAACUUUGCUUUUGUCAGAAGAAUCAUCCGUUUGCAGCAAUUAUAGCCUCGCAGACUUUUGGCACUCUAGUUUUUUGAGGUAAUCUGAAGAGAUUUCACCCCAUGCUUCCUGAAGCAAGUUGGAUUGGCUUGAUGGGCACUUCUUACGUACCAUACGGUCAAGCUGCUCCCACAACAGCUCAAUAGGGUUGAGAUCCAGUGACUGUGCUGGCCACUCCAUUAGAGACAGCUGGUAUUCUGACUGCUUCUUCCCUAAAUAGUUAUUGCAUAGUUUGGCGCUGUGCUUUGGGUCAUUGUCCUGUUGUAGAAGGGAAUUGGCUCCAUUUAAGCGCCGUCCACAGGGUAUGGCGUUGCAAAAUGGAGUGAUAUCCUUCCUUCUUCAAGAUCUUCUUUACUCUGGACAAAUCUCCCACUUUACCGCCACCAAAGCACCCCGAGACCAUCACAUUGCCUCCACCAUGCUUGACAGAUGGCGUCAAGCACUCCUCCAGCAUCUUUUCAUUUUUUCUCCAUCUCAUAAAUGUUCUUCUUUAUGAAGCGAACACCUCAAACUUAGACUCGUCUGUCCAUAACAUAACUUAGACUUUUCUCCCCAAUCUUUCUCUGCCCAAUGUCUGUGUUCUUUUUCCCAUCUUAAUAUUUUAUUUUUAUUGGCCAGUCUGAGAUAUGGCUUUUUCUUUGCAACUCUGCCUAGAAGGCCAGCAUCCCAGAGUCGCCUCUUCACUGUCGCGGUGCAGUGUUUUGUGGGUAAUAUUUAAUGAAGCUGCCAGUUGAGGACUUGUGAGGCGUCUGUUUCUCAAACUAGACACUCUAAUGUACUUGUCCUCUUGCUCAGUUGUGCACCGGGGCCUCCCACUCCUCUUUCUAUUCUGGUUAGAGACAGUUCUGUGAAGGGAGUAGUACACAGUGUUGUACGAGAUCUUCAGUUUCUUGGCAAUUUCUCACAUGGAAUAGCCUUCAUUUCACAGAACAAGAAUAGACAAAAAAAUUCAGAAGAAAGUUAUUUGUUUCUGGCCAUUUUGAGCCUGUAAUCGAACCCACAAAUGCUGAUGCUCCAGAUACUCAACUAAUCUAGGUAUUUCUAAUGUAUUUCUAAUGAUCAAUUAUCCUUUUAAAAUGAUAAACUUGGUUUAGCUAACACAAUGUGCCAUUGGAACAUAGGAGUGAUGGUUGCUGAUAAUGGGCCUCUGUACGCCUAUGUAGAUAUUCCAUUAAAAAUCAGCAGUUUCCAGCUACAAUAGUCAUUUACAACAUUAACAAUGUCUACACUGUAUUUCUUAUCAAUUUGAUGAUAUUUUAAUGGACGAAAAAAAGUGUUUCUUUCAAAAACAAGGACAUUUCUCAGUGACCUCAAACCUUUGAACGGUAGAAUGAAACCAAUGAACAGCCCUUUUAUCUAUCAGUGUGUGACGUGUGUGAGGAGGAACUAUGUCUGGUCUGUUUUCACGUCUUAGCUCAGUACGUUCAGUAGUGUCUCUCUCUCUCUCUCUCUCUGUCUCUCUCUGUCUCUCUCUCUGUCUCUCUCUGUCUCUCUCUCUGUCUCUCUCUCUGUCUCUCUCUCUGUCUCUCUCUCUGUCUCUCUCUCUGUCUCUCUCUCUGUCUCUCUCUCUGUCUCUCUCUCUGUCUCUCUCUGUCUCUCUCUCUGUCUCUCUCUCUCUCUCUCUCUCUCUCUCUCCAAUGUCCUCCACCAUUUGCAUAAAGUGACAGUGAAAAUGAAAACAUUGGUUGAUCUGUUUUGCGAAUAGAGUACCACGUUGCCCUUCGUGGAAAACGUUGACUGCCGCCAGGUUUGCAAAUUUCUGGUAACUUUCCCUAAAAUCCCAAGAGUUUCAAGAAAUUCUGGUUUUUAAAAGAUUUUCGGAUUUAAAAAGACGGUAAACCAGAAUCGUCCAACUUGUUUUGCUGCUUGUAUAUUUGAUAAACUUUAGGCGGGAGGAGCAGGACUGCAGAGUUUUAUGACUCGUUGAAAUACAUUCCAAUAGGCGUCAGUCCUCCAGUGAUGAGCCUAAAUUCUCUACCUCUUCAUUUGCCAUUCAUUGACGGUAUGACACAAGCCUCAUUUUGUAAUUCUUUCUUAAAAAACUGCUCUUUUUUUUUUAAGCAGAUUGUGGUUCUGAUGUUUUUUUUUGUUGUUGUUGUCUUUUAACUAACUUAAAAAUGAAUAAAGUGAUUUUAGAUUAUUUGAUUAUUA